AUGGCUCCUUCGCCCAAGCGUCCCAUGGCUCCUUCGCCCAAGCAUCCCAUGGCUCCUUCACCCAAGCAUCCCAUGACUCCUUCCCCCAAGAGUCCCAUGGCUCCUUCGCCCAAGCUUCCCACGGCUCCUUUGCCCAAGUGUCCCACGCUCGAGCCUCUCACGGCUCCGCCUUCCAUAGCUUGGCCCCUCAAGGCUCUCACACCUCUGCCUCCUAUGGCUAUGCCCCUUGACCCUCUUACGGCUACACCGUCAAUGACUCUGCCUGUCGAGCAUCUCCUGGCUCUACCAUCCAUGGCUCUGCCUGUUGAGCCUCUCCGAGGUCCGCCUGCCUUCGUUGAGCCUCUCCUGGCUCUGCCUGCCUUCGUCGAGCCUCUCCUGGCUCCGCCUGCCUUCAUCGAGCCUCCCUCGGCUCCACAUGCCUUCGUCGAGUCUUUCACAGCUCCGCCCUCAACCCCAGAAACUCCACCUCCUAUGGUUCAGCCCGCUCCACCACGGUCUCCACUAUCUAAACCUCCAACCCCUACUCCUGUUGCUCUGCUUCCAGAUCCACCUAUGGCUCUACCCCCUAAACUCCUCCCUGGCCACCUGAUCAUCCGUCAAUUCCUCCUUGGCCUUAUAAUCGGAUCCUUCCAUGUCAUCUGUUUCUUCCUGCCCUCCUCAUCCAUCAUUGGGCACCAGGUGUCACCCUUUGGGUCCAUCCACACAGUACUCCCUCUCUCACUCCACACUCCACUCUCUCUCCCUGAAUUACCCAUGGCUCCUUCGCCCAAGCGUCCCAUGGCUCCUUCGCCCAAGCGUCCCAUGGCUCCUUCACCCAAGCAUCCCAUGGCUCCUUCCCCCAAGAGUCCCAUGGCUCCUUCGCCCAAGCUUCCCAUGGCUCCUUUGCCCAAGUGUCCCACACUCGAGCCUCUCACGGCUCCGCCUUCCAUAGCUUGGCCCCUCAAGGCUCUCACACCUCUGCCUCCUAUGGCUAUGCCCCUUGACCCUCUUACGGCUACACCGUCAAUGACUCUGCCUGUCGAGCAUCUCCUGGCUCUACCAUCCAUGGCUCUGCCUGUUGAGCCUCUCCGAGGUCCGCCUGCCUUCGUUGAGCCUCUCCUGGCUCUGCCUGCCUUCGUCGAGCCUCUCCUGGCUCCGCCUGCCUUCAUCGAGCCUCCCUCGGCUCCACAUGCCUUCGUUGAGUCUUUCACAGCUCCGCCCUCAACCCCAGAAACUCCACCUCCUAUGGUUCAGCCCGCUCCACCACGGUCUCCACUAUCUAAACCUCCAACCCCUACUCCUGUUGCUCUGCUUCCGGAUCCACCUAUGGCUCUACCCCCUAAGUCUCCACCUCCUGUUACCAAAUCACCUUCCAAGCCUCCUGACCCUGUUCCUUCCCUACUCCUCCCUGGCCACCUGAUCAUCCGUCAAUUCCUCCUUGGCCUUAUAAUCGGAUCCUUCCAUGUCAUCUGUUUCUUCCUGCCCUCCUCAUCCAUCAUUGGGCACCAGGUGUCACCCUUUGGGUCCAUCCACACAGUACUCCCUCUCUCACUCCACACUCCACUCUCUCUCCCUGAAUUACCCAUGGCUCCUUCGCCCAAGCGUCCCAUGGCUCCUUCGCCCAAGCGUCCCAUGGCUCCUUCACCCAAGCAUCCCAUGGCUCCUUCCCCCAAGAGUCCCAUGGCUCCUUCGCCCAAGCUUCCCAUGGCUCCUUUGCCCAAGUGUCCCACGCUCGAGCCUCUCACGGCUCCGCCUUCCAUAGCUUGGCCCCUCAAGGCUCUCACACCUCUGCCUCCUAUGGCUAUGCCCCUUGACCCUCUUACGGCUACACCGUCAAUGACUCUGUCUGUCGAGCAUCUCCUGGCUCCACCAUCCAUGGCUCUGCCUGUUGAGCCUCUCCGAGGUCCGCCUGCCUUCGUUGAGCCUCUCCUGGCUCUGCCUGCCUUCGUCGAGCCUCUCCUGGCUCCACCUGCCUUCAUCGAGCCUCCCUCGGCUCCACAUGCCUUCGUCGAGUCUUUCACAGCUCCGCCCUCAACCCCAGAAACUCCACCUCCUAUGGUUCAGCCCGCUCCACCACGGUCUCCACUAUCUAAACCUCCAACCCCUACUCCUGUUGCUCUGCUUCCGGAUCCGCCUAUGGCUCUACCCCCUAAGUCUCCACCUCCUGUUACCAAAUCACCUUCCAAGCCUCCUGACCCUUGGUCCAUGACUCAUGACCGUGAGAAACCUUAA